GGCGGAAAGGCAAAGCUGGGCCGUGAUUGGUGAUGCGCCACGAUGAGGCGACCACAACCGCACACUAUUGACGAUGGCUGGCUGGAUGGGUCCUGGAAGGCGCCUGGGGAUCAACGACCGUCCAACUCGAACAUAGAACUUCACAGCUUCAUUUCCAGUCUGUAGGAUCUCCUCCUCAUUCACUCCCACCUCAAUUUUCUCGCAGUCAGCCAACGCCAACGAAUCGGCCCAACCGCAAUGCCUGACCCAGCCAUGUAUGGCGCUCUUUCCUUCGCUGGCUCGUCGCCUUCCGCAACCGCGGCCACCAAUGCACCAGCACCAGCACCAGCACCAGGCUCAAUAUCCCGAGGUCCGGCUGCCUCGAACCAUGCCAACUUCAACCUAGACCUAGACAAUUCGUCCUCACAAAAUUUUCUACAUCACAGUUACAACCACACCACCGCCGCGAAUACCGAUACCGAUACUAAUACCAAUACCAUCGAUCCUUUCUACGAUCUCGACGACCUCACACUGGCGCCCAUCGCAAAUCCUGACGCAGACGCGCUGAGGGAGUUGCCUCAUUUCUACAACAAUUUCGGCUCUGCAUCCGUCUCAAGACCCUCUUCACCCCUCCCCGUCACCCUCACGUCAAACGUCUCCUCAAAUUCUGCCCCGCAACAACAACAUCACGAAGACGAAGCACAUCAGCCGCCACCUUCCAAUCAACAGCAAGCACAGUCACAAGCGAUACCACAACCCAUUCAGGAGCUACCUUCCCCACCACAAUACAACGUAUCGCCCGAUUCCUUCAACGACCUGUUCAUUCCCGCAGACGACCUCGAUUUCGAUAUAUCGGAAUACUUUGAGCUGGACAAUACCACCUCAAGAGAUUCAGUAACAAGCAUGCCUACACGAACUAAUACCCGUCGCACGAGCCGACCCAUAUCUUUGAACCUUGACAACUUCAUUGAUCUUACCUCCGGCGACGACCUCUUCCCACCCUCUCCGGUGUGGCCCCCAUCAGGAGGUAGAGAACGAAUGGGGCUUGACGUAGACAUAGUUCCCAGAGGGGCUCGAAAACGAAGGGCAGAAGAAGCUACCACAGGGUCUAGUACCAAGAAAACACGAGUCUCCGGACGUCCCUCACUCACCCUCAAAAGAGAAGGGAGUAGUAUACCAUUAGAUGCACAGGUCAUAGAUUUGGUUGAUAUCGAGGGUUCCGAUUACGACGAGAAACUUAAGGAGAGGGAAAAGGAGGAAAGGGAGGAAAAGGAGGAAAAGGAGGAGUCGAUCAAGAGAAGCAACCUGGAGGAGGCGACACGAGAUGUCAAGCUUUCCGAGUUCAACUGCAUCAUUUGUAUGGAUGAGCCUACAGAUUUGACAAUUACACAUUGUGGUAUGUAUCCAGCUAAUGCACGUUCACGGGGUUUUUCUAAUUUCCCCCUAGGCCACCUUUUCUGCGGCAUGUGCCUUCACCAGGCACUCCACGCUGGCGACAAGAAAUGUUGCCCCGUCUGUCGAACUGCUAUCAGCAUGUCCUACACCGGACGAGGCGAGGUUAAGAAACCCAAUAAGCACGGAGUGUUUCAUCUUGAAAUGAAGGUUAUCAAGAGGAAGAAGAAAGUUAACAAGGGAAAACAACCAAUGCGAUACCAAGGAUAAUUAUGGGAUUGCUAAUAGGAAAGAAUUUGGCAAUGUGGUGUAGAGCAAAUCAUUCAUGGAAUGGUCCUUGCUGCCGGAAAGGGCAUCUGGUGUUUUUUGGGGCAUUGUUCAUGGCGUAUUUAGGCACGGGGGAUAACUCGAUGAUACCAUGGUGCGUUAAGGGGACCGGAAGGAUGGCGUUUCUUCUUUGUGGGUGGGAAAUUCCCCCCUCUUUAUUUCUCCCUCGACUCUUCUGAGAUUACAUAGGUGUGGUAUGACUGGGGUUAAUGUAGAAAGAAGCAUAAUAUUUCUUCUUUUCUCCCCUCACAUCUUUACUUGGCCAGGGUGGCUGGGUGAUCUUGUGAAAUAGGGAGGCUGUACAUAGAGUGAGGUGAAUGGAAUUUCUUUUUUCUAUGGUGAUGGUCGUCUGCUUCCUUCACUCCGAAAAGUCGAGUACCGGCAAUUUGUCUUUGGGGUGUGAGACUUGACAUUCAUAAAUCAACCUUACAUUUACCGACUCUAGCCAGGAUCUUCUCUAGGUUUUGUGUUUCCUUGGGUUUGUGUGUUACUUAUGGUACCAACACUUACAAUACC